GUUGAAUUGUGUCCAACCUUGCUAUGGCUCGAAGCAUGUCUCGAGCUUCGAUGUGCAUGCUGAACGGCGCAGAGCGCUUUCCAUUGCGCGUAUGUUUGGUCUUUGCAGGUACAAUGGAAACCUGUCGGGCACUUGCUAGAUCUUGCGGGUGACAGACAGGGGAAGAUGCAUUUCUUGCCCGUCGAACUCAUUCACUCUUGCAGUUUGAGCGAUUACUGCUCCUUCCUAGCAAACAAUUCCUCUUCGCAGCCAAAACAGUAGAUUCACGAUGAAAGUUCUAAAUCGUCAAAAGCAACCUCUCACUUCAUCAACAUACAAGCAGCAAACUUUCACCAGCAUCAGCGAUGGAACAAAUACACAACGCCAUAGCAGCGCAGGAGGACAUAAGAGCCCACGGCGCCGCCAACGAGCUCUUCACCAACGAGAUCCAACGGCUUAAGCAGCUCCCGCCUCUAAAUCCAGGGGAUCCGAAGAGCAUCAAAAUGGCAGUUGACGAAUUCGACGAAGCAUUAGAGAUCUGGUCCGAAGUAGUGGUGGCCAAUGUGAGAGAUCACACGGAGCGCAAUACACGAAGGUUCCGCUCCUGUUAUUUCGAUUACCACAGUUUAAAUUUCGCGAGGAUGCCGGAGGUGGUAUUGCCCUUGGCACCAACGGAGGCGGCGAAGAGGGGGCUGGUCAAGGGAAUUGGUAACCUUUUGAAGGAGUUAAGGAAGUUGUUGGAGGACGAGGAGUUUCAGAUCCUGGAGCCCGAGUUGCGGGAGAGGGUAAGGGAGUGUGUAGAGACGGAGAAGUGUGGAAGGAGGGCUAUGUUGGCGAUGGCGAUCGAGACGUAUGCGUCGGUAGCGGAGUCGUCGACAGCGGAAUCUUCGGCAGCAGCAUCGCCGGCGGUGGUGGAGAAAAAUUAUGAUUCGGCAGUGGAUUGUUAAUAUUGGCGGAACACCUGGUGGAGCAUUCGCAUAAUUUCGUUGAGGGUGAGCUGAGGGCGACUGCGUACUUGGUUGCAUUUGCACUUGUAUUCGAUGGCGACUGAGUCCGUGCAUUACUCUGCUGGCAUAGAGGAUAUGUCAGUAUGGCCGUGCGCUCUGUCGAGCAGAUGCUUCAACUUGUUUGCAGCUCAUUCGUGCCACAGUUCGUCCGAGGUCUCGCAAGCUUCGUAAGACGAUGCUUGGCUCCUACUGAGCACUCUCAGGGUCUGCCAAUCGGGGCCAUUGGUGGCACUGGAGGUCUCAACUUGGGAGAUGGUCUCGGGGCGCUCUCCAACGGCACAUAAUCAUCGCCUUCUCCAGAGAACGGUAUCUGCUUCCACAUUCCGUCCCAAACGCCCGGCACAGCUGCGCGAUCUUUUUUUUGAUUUCUGUUCACGUAGUAUCUCGCCAUCCAUCUUCUCAGCAACGCGUCAAAUAAUGGAUACUCUUUUCGUUUGGCUGCGUCCCGUCUGUCGUCCCGUGGUAGAUAUUCCAAAUUACUGAUGCCACUUCUCAAGCUCGGCCUCAACCUCCUGAGCGUAGCGAACGAAACUAUUCUUUUCUGUGGCCACGGCAUGAACCGCAUGAAUGAUAACUCCACUUUUGUGUCCGGAGGAGUCUUCGCGCUGAAUCUUCGCAACGCCUCUUUCCCGGAUCGCUUGAUAUUGUCUGGCACAUGAACUCUGAUCGCAUGCACCAUGGGGCCAGUCGCAAGUGCUGUCACGAUGGCGGGGACUGCUGAAGCGACCAGAAAAGCCAGGGCAAGCCAAUUGGAGUGGUCUGGACUGAAGACGUAGGAUGGAGCGUAGACGGUGGAGCCUGCAAGGAAGACCACAAUGGUUGCCACGCGAGUGAUACCGACUGAGAGAGUAGCGGCUGUGCCAGCGCGGUAGACAUUGGUCAGGACUGGACUUUUCUGGCGUGCUUGAGGAGCUGCUGUGCUAGCAAGGCGUGAUGGCUGUUGGAAUGUUCGGACGUGCCAUUGAGCGCGGAGGCGCGAUGUUGCCGGCGUGGCAUUUCGUGAUACGAGUCGAGCGGUGCAUCUGAUGCAGCUGGCCUGCCUGAGCAGGCUGUGAAUCGAGGACAUCACAUGC